GUCUCUGUGUAUCUCUUUGCUCUCUCCCUUCAUGUCUCUCCGUCUCUCUCUAUUGCCCUGUCUCUGUCUCUCCGUCUCUUAUAAGCCUGUUUUGGCACCUUCUGCUCUGUCUUCUCUCCUUCCAAAUCCUCCGCAUCCUGGAACUUUCCUCUGGGCUGGGAAGCUGCUUGGGGGUAGAGGGCAGGAGGCUUGUGACCUGGGGCAGGAGGACUCUAAGUGACACCCUGACCCCAGCGCCCUCUUCCCGGAGCCACCCCACUGCCCCUGAAGUCGCACCCACCCCGCCCGCCAAUUUCAGGAAUUCCUGGCUGGGGGGUGAACUUCCUCGCCUACUUCCUCUCUUCCAGGAUUUGGCUGGGUCACCGUUAACUCUUUCCUGCUUCCGCCUCACUCUCCCCCCGGGGAACUGGACAACCCCUCCUCCCAAACUAGGCUGAGGAACAGCCCUAGAAUGUCUGGGAGGCAUCGGUUGUGGGAUGUGGGUGUGCGCACUCGGGCUGGAUGUGCAUUGGGGAAUUUGUUUGGGGCAGAAGUGGAGAAGAUGGGGCCACACCCCCCAGUGCCCCCUCCAGAGCCCAUCAUCAGCACCCCUCCUCCUGAACCCACAAGGGGGCACCCGCCCCCAGAUCUGUCUCUGUAGAUGAACUUGACUUCAGGUUUGGGGUGAGGAUGAGGAGGUUUUCUUUUCUGGGGGAAUCCCAGCUGAAGAGGAUAAGAGACCCAUGGGGGCCCCUGGAACCCUGGGAAUCAUAUGAUCAAGAACCUUGAACGUGAAUAUCUUUUAAUGGAAGGGCCCAGAUGGAAGAAGGAUCAGAGGGGAGGCCUGGAAAUUCCAGAUCCUUCCAAUGAAAGGUCCUGGGGAUACUGGAGUCCUUCAAUCCAAAAAGAGGAGUGUUGAAAUCUUGGCACAUUUCAGUGAUGGCAGCUGAGAGUUGGAAAGGGUUUGCAGAGCCACCUAGGCCAACUCCCCCCACCCCCAUUUUAUAGAUGGAGAAACUGAGGCCCAAGAGCAGAAGUCCCCACAGUGAGUCAGUGCCAGGCUGGAGGGUUGGGACCCCAGUUUUCAACCGAAGCCCAAAUCCAGAGAGCUGGCUUCUUCUUCUACCACUAAGCCGGAUUAAUUUGGGGAAAGAGGUCUUCUCAAUGAGGAGGGAGAGAUGCCAGGGCACUGCAAAGUCAGCGGUGAACUGACUUCAUCCCAGUCUCUCAGCCCCCACCAGGACCAAUCUGGAGUCCCUCCCCUGCCCCCAUUCAAAUUUCCCUUCUGUCCCCAAACUCAUCUCUGAUCUAGACCUUACUCACCUGCUUCCUGUUUCCUAAGACUCCUUCCUGCAGUCCCCAGACUGAGCCUUUUGUCUUUGUCCAACCUGUGCCAGACACCUCCUUUUCCAGAACGUUCUCCUUACUAGUGACCUUAUCUCUGUUUCUUUCUGGGGUCCUAGGAAAUGCCAGCACUCCCAUCCGCAUUGCCUGGACUUUCCGACACUCCCUAACUGCCCUGUGUCCUAUCUCAACACUGUCUCAUGUAUUUCCUGUGUCUUCUAGAACAUCCCCCAGCCAUUAUUACUUCAGUAUGGCUACACAUACUUCCUAACUGCCCUGCAAACAUCUCCUUCUCACCGUUGCCCAGUGAUGCUUUCGUCCCCUCCAUAAACACUCCCCGAGACCAAUUUUUGUGUCACCCCUAUACUCCCUCAUUGACACCCUGAUUAACUCUAUACAUAACCUCCUUGACAAACCUCUUUAUUAAUCUCAUCAUCCUCCAGACUUCCUUCCUGUCAUAACUCCAUCCCUCCUCCAACUUUUCCCUCUCAAGCUCUGCCCUUCCCAGCCCAGCCCAGCCUACCCGACCUCAACUCUUCCCUGUAGACUACAUCCCACCAUGUUCCCCUGAGCCUCCAAGGAAGGGGCUCAGGGGGCCCCAUGGCCUCCCGCUCCCCGUGGCCCCACAGCCCCCGUGGGCCAGGGGAAGCGUCCCAGAAGCCGAAGUGCCCACCAUGGGCAACCACACGUGGGAGGGCUGCCACGUGGACUCACUUGUGGACCACCUCUUUCCGCCAUCCCUCUACAUCUUCGUCAUCGGCGUGGGGCUGCCCACCAACUGCCUGGCUCUGUGGGCGGCCUACCGCCAGGUGCAACAGCGCAACGAGCUGGGCGUCUACCUGAUGAACCUCAGCAUCGCCGACCUGCUGUAUAUCUGCACCCUGCCGCUGUGGGUGGACUACUUCCUGCACCAUGACAACUGGAUCCACGGCCCCGGGUCCUGCAAGCUCUUCGGGUUCAUCUUCUACACCAACAUCUACAUCAGCAUCGCCUUCCUGUGCUGCAUCUCGGUGGACCGUUACCUGGCCGUGGCCCACCCACUCCGCUUCGCCCGCCUGCGCCGCGUCAAGACCGCCGUGGCCGUGAGCUCCGUGGUCUGGGCCACCGAGCUGGGCGCCAACUCGGCGCCCCUGUUCCAUGACGAGCUCUUCCGAGACCGCUACAAUCACACCUUCUGCUUUGAGAAGUUCCCCAUGGAAGGCUGGGUGGCCUGGAUGAACCUCUAUCGGGUCUUUGUGGGUUUCCUCUUCCCGUGGGCGCUCAUGCUGCUGUCGUACAGGGGCAUCCUGCGUGCAGUGCGAGGCAGCGUGUCCACCGAGCGCCAGGAGAAGGCCAAGAUCAAGCGGCUGGCCCUCAGCCUCAUCGCCAUCGUGCUGGUCUGCUUUGCGCCCUAUCACGUGCUCUUGCUGUCCCGCAGCGCCAUCUACCUGGGCCGUCCCUGGGACUGCGGCUUCGAGGAGCGCGUCUUUUCUGCAUACCACAGCUCACUGGCUUUCACCAGCCUCAACUGUGUGGCGGACCCCAUCCUCUACUGCCUGGUCAACGAGGGUGCCCGCAGCGACGUGGCCAAGGCUCUGCACAACCUGCUCCGCUUUCUGGCCAGCGACAAGCCCCAGGAGAUGGCCAACGCCUCACUCACCCUGGAGACCCCACUCACCUCCAAGAGGAACAGCACAGUCAAGGCCAUGACUGGCGGCUGGGCGGCCACUCCGCCCUCCCAGGGGGACCAGGUGCAGCUGAAGAUGCUGCCACCAGCACAGUGAACCCCGUGUGGCACAGAACCCCCAGUUUUCCCCUCUCAUCCCACAGUCCCUUCUCUCCUGGUCUGGUGUAUGCAAAUUGUAUGGAAAAAGGGCUAUGUUAAUAUAAGAAUACAAGAACUUAGGAAGAGUGAG